GCUGGAGCUCUGGCCUCGCCCAACGCCUCCAUGACGUCUGCAGCUGGUGACACAAGGAGCACGAUGCGGAUCCGUCUCCGGGUACCAUGAGAGCUUGAGCUUUCCCCGCGUUCGCGAAGCUUUUGUGCUAUUUCCAGGAUCCUUCUUAAGUCGUCAUUUCCCCGGAAUCCUUGCGAUGACCUCCCACGAUAGUCCCGACAAGAUGAGCUACAUCUACAAUUCGCAGCUUGAUGCCUUCACCCUUUACCAUAUCUCGCACGAAAAGGAAGAACAUAGCUCGGUCGGCCCUGUACUUCCUGCCCUCGGCCAUGCUUCGUCUGGUGCUUUAGGAACCGUUGUGUCGAAACUCAUAACAUACCCUCUCGACGUUGUUAUUACGCGCCUUCAAGUUCAGCGGCAACUACAUCACGGCGACGCGCACCCGCAUUACAAUGGCAUUCUCGACGCCAUUGAGAAGAUAUACGAGAGGGAGGGCGGACCAAAGGCCUUCUACAGCGGUGUAGUGCCCGAGGUUGUGAAGGGUGUUGCCGACAGCUUCCUCUUCUUCCUAGCGUAUUCAUAUGCGCGGCAGAAGAGGCUAGAAGCGCGAGGUACUGGACAUAGCUUGCCAGCGCUCGAAGAGAUCGGAGUCGGCGUCAUCGCGGGCGCCUUCUCUAAAUUCUUCACCACACCGAUACAGCAGAUUGUCACGCGGAAGCAGACGGCGGCAAUGAUGAGACAAGAGUCGUCGACCACCAUACCCCCGCUGUCCGGUACCAAGGACAUAGCACAAGAGAUUAUGCGCGAGAAAGGCAUACAAGGCUUCUGGUCUGGCUACUCUGCUAGCUUGAUUCUGACGUUGAACCCUUCCAUUACUAUGCUACUGCACAAGGCUCUUCUACGAUUGCUUGUACCCAGGGCAAAUCGAGACGACCCCGGCGCGCGCAUGACCUUCCUUCUAGCCGCCAUAAGCAAGGUUCUCGCGUCUACUGCUACCUAUCCGUUCUCCCUUGCAAAGACACGUGCCCAAGUAUCCUCACAGAAGCCCUCUUCCGGUAUUGGUGAGACUUCGGACAAGGAGAAGUCGGACGAGCCGCUCGAGUCGAGAGCACUCCAAGCUAGGCAGCGGACUGUAUUCAGCACCAUCUUGCGCAUCGCCCAAACUGAGGGGAUAUGGGGUUUGUACCAGGGUCUGGGGGCAGAAGUGCUCAAAGGCUUCUUCUCCCAUGGUAUCACGAUGCUGAUGAAGGACCGUAUCCAUGCUGUCAUCAUCAGCCUGUACUACACUGUGCAGGGGGCGUUGAAGAAAUACCCCAGCCCAAGUGAAGUCGCAAAGUCGGCAUCGGCCAGCGUUCAGAGUGCCUAUGAACAAGGCAAAGAGCAAGCUAGCGAUGCUUAUGCGAAGGGCGCCGAAGUUGUCGGCAACGCAACAGAAUCGGCAAAGCACGCCGUGUCACAGGGCUCACAGCAGGCGCAAGACCUUGUGGAGAAGGGCAGAGAUGCUGUCAGUGAGGCCGCAAGCAGCGCAUACGACCAGGGCAAAAACGUGUUGGACAAAGGACAGGAUGCUGCCACCAAUGCCAGUCAGCAAACUGGUGAAGCGCUUGAGCAUGGCAAGAGGGCUGCAAGCGACGCAUCGCAGCAGGCCAAAGACGCUGUUCUGGACGCCGACAUCAAGGACAUCAACGGCCCUGACAAGGGCAUCAAAGAGUGAGCCAUGCGGCAACGAUUUCCACAGCGCUUUCAAAUUGUACAUAUACCCGAAUGAUCUUGUAAUUCUUUGUUUAAAGGCAUGUCUGGAGGGAGAAUGUGUUUCUUUUGGUACGGUUCGGCGUCAAAAGCGUGCCCGACUUUCGUAAUGCAUAAUGAGCAAAUAAUUGCCGGGUGAACUGUCCAUCUGCCUUGGGCGAUCUGAAACGUCAGGGUGUCUGUAUCCACUGCCACGCUUCGAGUAGUUGGGAUGUCCAUGUACCUAGGUACCGGACGGAAGCGUUCCAAUGGGAUUGAGUCUGUGUGCAAAGUGACUGCAACGGAAAUCAUGUUCUCGCCAGAACAGUACCAGCGCAUCGACUCGAAGCAGGAUUUUCCAGCCUUGCGGGCUUUGUUGUCUCUGCUGCGCUGGCUAUUGU